UGUGUGUGUGUUUAAUGGAGGUCACUGUAAAACACUUGACACGACUUUUGUUACUCUUGGAGAGGAGGAAGUCUAAAUAAACAAGAACAUCUUUCCAAUCACUGAAACCCUCUGUCUUAUCUUCGUUUCCAGAAGGUUCUGGAAGUCUGAAGGUUAUUAAUGUCAUGUGAGAGGGUCAAAUAGACAGCCUCAAAAGACUUGAAGGCAUGAACGAAGCCUGCAUUUAAGUGUACAUCCAUCUUCACCCAGUGAGUGCCUGAGGGUCUGUAACCAUGGCGAAGCAGUUCACCAUCGACGACGCCUUCUCAUUGGAGGGGGAGGAGGAAGGGGUGGGGCCAGAUGAGGACCUGGAUGGCUGGAAGGAUAGAGAGAAAGAGCGUGAUGGAGAGAUGAUGUUCGGCCCGCUGACGUUCUCCAAACCACAGAGUCUUCCAUCCUCCUCCACCGGAACGACGGAUCACAGCAACCUCAAAUACCAGAACCUGGAGAAUGAGGAGGCUUUGGGCAGUCCUGUUAACUCCACCUUUAACAACCUGUUUAAGAUCAGCGAUCCAGCUACACUGUCCUACUGCAGCUCUCAGUGGUCCUUCAGCACGCUCAGCUCCGUUACACAGCUAUCUGCACACUGCUGCGGGUGGACGUCUCAUCCUUUAAUAAAAAAGAACAGGAGAGUGGUGCUGGCCUCAUUCCUCCUCCUCAUCACUGGAGUCGCUCUGAUUUUUACAGGCAUUGUUCUUGAGUUAAACCCACAAGCAGAGGUCUCAAGUGCCAUUUUCUUUGUCUCUGGAUUUCUGCUCUUCAUUCCUGGGGUUUACCAUGUGAUCUACAUAAGCUGCGCUGUUAGAGGGAGACGGGGAUUCAAGUUCUUUUACCUGCCGUACUUUGAGAAAUAGUGAUACACACUCUCUCUCUCUCACACACACACACACACACACACACACUCGCACUCUCUCUCUCUCUCUUUCUAAAUUUGAGACUUCUUUAAUUUUAAGUCUUCACUCAAUCACAAAAUACAGAAAUGAGAUGAAGCUCUACAGGUAACGCUUUACGAUAAGAUUCCCUUCGUUACAUUAGUUAACAAAUCAUCAGUGUGACCAAUAAUACACUAUUAAAGUCUUUAACUCUUGUGUUAAACACAGUAAGAUUUUUUUCCAUGAAUUAUUGAGCUAAUUAGUGCAGAUCUGAUGUUUAAUCCCACUUUAUCAUUUAUUCCCUUGAAGUGGAUUUAUCUGGAGUUAAUGAUGAAAUAUUCAAGAAAUAAUCCACUGUUCUGGGAAAUUAAUCAAUGUGUGUGUGAUGUGGUGCGGAGUUACUGUUAAAACUCUGAGGAUGUGCUGUUACAAGAAACUUUCAGCUUUAUUCGUCAUAUAGAGCAGCACAGUUUUCAUUGACGCAAAGAACGUCAUAAUUUUUAUCCGUAUCUAGCUACUUAAAACGCCGUGGAACGUCCAUGAAAGACGUUCCUGUCGUCACUUACCUUAUAGCGACUAGAAACAGUCCUCUCUCACCAGUUAAUAAAAGGGAAUUUCAGAGAAUUGAACGGUGUUGUGGGAAAAACAUUAAUAAAGCAUGAAUUUAAUAUUUAGUUUCAAUCUGAACAAACAUUUAGCACAAGUGUUGAUUACUUUAACCAUGUUAAUGAUGGUUUGAGAAUGUUAACUAAUGGUUAGUGAAGCUUGGUGUAAAGCGUUCCUGCUGUAUUUGUGCAGUGGUGAUGUUAAAAUCCUGUGAAAAGUCCUCUCAUUUCAGGAUAUUAUCUCAUAUCCAAGUAGCUUUACUUUGCACAUUACACAUCGUAGAUGCGGUCUCAGGAGCAGACACACAGCGACUGAGCUGAGAUCACACUCUUCAUUCACUUUACUCAUGCCUUUUUUUUUUAAUUAUUUUAACGUAGUUUAUUAGAUGUUUUUAACCUUUUUUAAUCCCUAAAUCGACGGCAUUGACCGCGGCCCUGCUGUAGGAGCCGUCGAGAGGGAAAAUGCUUUACCGUGAAAAGAUGGGUGUAAAUUUUGAAAAGAUAGUGCUGACUAGCAAACCCUGAAUGAAGUGAUGAAGUGCCAAGUUUCUUUUCCCUGCACUGUUUUUUUAAUCUUUAAUGAACUAAUACCACUACUAACACUUUGUACCACUGUAAAGCUCAGUGAACUUCCAACACGUCUGCACGGAAGAGCUGUUUUAUUUUGUUUUGUCUGUGUGUUUUUUUUUUAAUCAUUGUGACACUACAAUAAAUUUUUUAAAAUAA